CUGUUUUUAUACUUUCUUGGUGCUGCCUCUCUCUCUUAAGACCGAAGACCGGAGACCAGGAAACCAGAGACCAUCUGUCUCUGUGAGAAAUAGAGAGAGCCAUUUUCUCCAAAACUCAGACCUCCUCCCUUGUUCUGAAUUCUUCUGAAUUACUAUUACCACACCCACGCAGAGGAGAGGAGAGGAGUGGAGAGAUCAUAGUUGGGAAAUUGGAAUAUGACUGAGGAGGCUAGAUCCGUCGUCCGAGUUGUGUAAAUAAAGGAUGUUCAUAGUUCAGGCUUUGUUCAGGCUUAGUCCCCAACAACUUUGUUGUUCAUGGUUAACAGUUUGACAGUGUCAUCAACGCAAUGGAUGCUGUCAGUGGAGGAAACAGUCUCAACAACCCUAACCUCGCCUCAAAACAGAGAUUGCGUUGGACGCACGAGCUUCACGAACGCUUUGUUGACGCCGUGGUACAACUUGGUGGCCCAGAUCGUGAGUCACCCUCAACUUUUAUCUGGUGCUACGCCCAAAGGUGUUUUGAUAGUGAUGGGUGUACAAGGUUUAACUAUAUACCAUGUAAAAAGCCAUUUACAGAAAUAUCGACUUGCAAAAUACCUACCAGACUCCUCAUCUGAUGGGAAAAAAGCUGACAAGAAAGAACCUGCGGAUGUGCUUUCCAAUUUGGAUGGUUCAUCUGGAAUGCAAAUCACAGAAGCACUCAAGCUGCAGAUGGAGGUGCAGAAGCGACUACAUGAGCAAUUAGAGGUACAGAGACAGCUACAAUUACGGAUAGAAGCCCAAGGUAAAUACUUGAAGAAAAUUAUUGAAGACCAACAGCGACUUAGUGGAGUUCUUUCAGAAGCACCUGGCUCUGGGCACCUAAUCCGUUUGUCAAGUGACAAUUGCCCAGAAUCUGACAACAAGACUGACCCGGCAACUCCUGCCCCGACCUCAGAGUGCCCCCUCCAAGACAAGGCCGCCAAGGAAUGUGCGCCAGCCAAGAGCAUUUCAAUUGAUGAAUCUUUCUCAUCUCGUCGUGAACCCUUAACUCCAGAUUCAGUUUGUCAUGCUGGUUCUCCAGCUGAGAGUCCAAAAGCAGAGAGGUUGACAAAGAAGCGACGAGUUAACAUAGGCGAAGCAUUCUCUGAUCCUGAAGUGGUGCUUACACACCAGAUACUAGAGUCGAGCUUAAACUCUUCUUACCAGCAAGGACAUACAGCUUUCCUGCCCAGGGAGCAGUUUCAUCCCUCAUCCGGGAUUUCAUUCCGGAAGGAAAAUCAAUUGGAAAAAGUUGCAGGCAGUGACAUGUAGCUUAGUACUGUAGAAUUUUCAUUUUGCCUCUGAGUUUCCUUGGGAGAUAUGUCUCAACUCUAAUCAAGCGAAAGAAUGUUACUAAUUACAGGUGUGCUGCAUUAAUCAGGUUCAAGCUCUAGCGCAUGUAUGAACUCUGUGCCUUAUUUAGAUCGAGUGAAGUUGGAAUUAGUAAUUCUACUGCAAUAUGAGUACUAUUGACUGCACAGCUUCUUGUGUGUGGCCAGAUAGGUGUUCUUUA